CUCGGGCUGGUUUGAAUUGACGGCGCGGGGAGCGCGUGGAGGAGCGGCGUGGACACCCGACGGUGUCUCGUGUUCAAGGCGCGCGCUCAACACACCGCACGCACAGCACCAUGCUGGGCACCAAGUUUGCAUCCGCGCAAUGAAUCCUGCCAACGAAACCAGAGCGGAGAGAACUACGGAACAUCACAUUUUUUCAGCCGGCACCUACAAACUUCUCGCUUUCGCCAUCGGGACCAUCGGAGUGUUCGGCUUUUGCAACAACGUUGUUGUCAUCGUACUCUACUGCAAAUUCAAGAGACUGAGGACGCCCACCAAUUUGUUACUGGUCAACAUAAGUUUGAGUGAUCUGCUGGUUUCUGUCAUCGGAAUAAACUUCACGUUUGCUUCGUGCAUCAAAGGCGGUUGGAUCUGGAGCCAGGCGACAUGCAUCUGGGACGGCUUCAGCAACAGCUUGUUUGGCAUCGUCUCCAUCAUGACGCUGGCGGCCCUGGCCUACGAGCGCUACAUCCGGGUGGUCCAUGCCCAGGUGGUGGACUUCCCCUGGGCGUGGCGGGCCAUCGGCCACAUUUGGCUGUACUCCCUGGUCUGGACGGGCGCCCCUCUGCUCGGGUGGAACCGCUACACGCUGGAGAUCCACCGGCUGGGCUGCUCCCUGGACUGGGCCUCUAAGGACCCCAACGAUGCCUCCUUCAUCCUCCUCUUCCUCCUGGCCUGUUUCUUUGUGCCUGUGGGCAUCAUGAUCUACUGCUACGGGAACAUCCUCUACGCGGUGCAAAUGCUGCGCUCCAUCCAGGACCUCCAGACGGUUCAGAUCAUCAAGAUCUUGCGGUACGAGAAGAAGGUGGCCGUUAUGUUUUUGCUGAUGAUCUCCUGCUUCUUGUUGUGUUGGACGCCCUAUGCCGUGGUGUCCAUGUUGGAGGCCUUCGGCAGUAAGAACAUGGUCUCGCCCACGGUGGCCAUCAUCCCCUCGUUCUUUGCCAAGUCCAGCACGGCCUACAACCCCCUCAUCUACAUGUUCAUGAGCAGAAAGGGCGGUAUUUCAUCCUCUUACUCCCUCUCACAGUUCCGGCGCUGUUUGCUGCAGCUGCUCUGCUCGCGGUUCUCCUGGCUGCAGUGCGGCCUCAAAGAGCGCCCCCUGGCUCUGGUCCAGCGCCCCAUCCGACCGAUCGUGGUGUCCGCGGGGGCGUGCGGCGGCAGGAACCGGCCCAAGAAGAGGGUGACUUUCAGCUCCUCGUCCAUCGUCUUCAUCAUCACCAGCAAUGACUUUAACCACCUGGACGUCACCUCCAAGAAUCGAGAGUCCUCGGAGGUCAAUGCCUUUCAAGUGAGGCCGUUGUGAUCCACAAGGGACCGGGACUACUCAGCCCCACCACUCAGUAUGCCUUAGGACCCAACAUGCCAAACCGAACCAAAAAUAAUCCUGUCUGAACCUCCCGGGACAUUUCUGCAUCCACACACAGUUACAUGUUACAACUAGUAGUAAAUAUCCAACUGUCAGCCCGAGAAUCUCAGCUCAACCUUUUUCCUGAUGGUGUUUUGUCUCAGCAGGUAGUAUGAAAGCUUGACAUCAUCUUCUACAUCAGCUGUGGUGAUACAAGCACAUACAGAUGUAGUUAACAACGAGUUCUAUGUUUCUCUUUAGAUAAAGAAUCACACUUAUUUGUCAAACAGAGUUUUUGGGGACCCGAGUGGAUGGACAUGUGAUAGCGGAUGUCUUUUUGGUUGGUACCCAACUGCAGCAGUGUAGCAUGGAAAACAAGCCUUAGCUCCUUAGCCAUGAACAAUAAUACAUUGUUGUGAUUGGAUUCAAU